AUGAAUUAUCCAUUAUUUGUUGAAUCGAAUCAUACAGCAAUCUAUAAAGCAUAUCGUCCAGGAUAUCCACAAGAAAUCUAUCAUCGAAUUUUAGAAUUUUAUUUCAAUACAACCAAUAUUGAUGAAGUUAAUCAAAAAAUUCCAUUAGCUAUCGAUAUUGCUUGUGGUAGUGGGCAAGCUACGGUUGAUUUAAGUUCUUAUUGUCAUCGCGUGAUUGGUGUUGAUGGUAGUGAAAAUCAAUUAAAACAAGCAACAUUGAAAGAUAAUAUCGAAUAUCAUUGUUCGAAUGCCGAGAAUUUAACAUUUCUACCACCAAAUUCUAUUGAUCUUGUGACAGUAGCAACAGCAUUACAUUGGUUUGAUAUAGAAAAAUUUUUUGAGCAAGUUAAUCGUAUCCUAAAACCAAAUGGUGGUGUUCUAAGUAUUUGGGGUACUGGCCUCCCAUCAUUAAAUAAUACAAAAGCUCUUGAAAUGCUAAAAACAUUUUGUCACAAUGAUCUGAAGGGUUGUUGGAGUGAUCGAACACACUUAGUAAUUAAUCAAUAUGAAUCUAUACUCGAUAAAUUUCCAUAUCAACAAACAAGGAUAAAACAUAUUAUUGAAUAUGAACGAGAGUUAUCGAUUCUUCAAUUUGUCAAUGUUAUUGAAACAUGGAGUCCAUGUCAAAAAUAUCGUGAACUUUAUGGAGAUGAUAAAUUAAAGGAAUUAUUGAAAACAUUUAUGGAUAAUUUGGUCAAAUGUUAUACAGAAUCAACAAAUGAUAUUAAUGAUACUAUUGAUCGCAGUGUUGUUUAUAACAAAAUGAUCGUUGUUAAAUGGAUAAUACAUCUACAUUUAAUGAAAAAACAAUAG